AUGUCAAAUAUAUUGUCGCUGGAUUAUGGACCUCUUGGGUAUCCCGUAUUGCCUGAGUACGCUACGCCCUUUUUUCCAAGUUUUAAGGGUCAAUCUCGAGCGGACCACCUGCCCGCAGGCUGCCAUGUUGUCUAUCCCGGAUUGUCGCCCUACAAACAGCAAGCAUCAUCAACACAGGUAUGACGUCAUUUGAUUUUGUGAAUUGUAAAAUCAGACCUAAAAAUGGUGAAGGGGACAAUUUCGAUGUUAAUGAAUUCGUACUCUAAACCUAAAUCACCCGAAGGCGAUGGGAUUUUGGGAUCCGAGAGAACAACAAAACUGGGAAACAUUUUUAAUUUUUCAUACUGCUCCAUGGAAGAAUCUUAUUAUGGAGUCUUGCAAUAAAUAUAAUCGUAUAUUCUUGCACACAUAAUGUACGGUCAAAUUUAACAUUGUUUUUAUACUCACUUUUAAAGAACAUGUAAUAAUAUGCAUUCACGCACAAUACAUGUUGUGUCGUGUUCAUCACGCUUACCUGCGUUCAAUCCUUGGUCAGACCUCGACUCAAGGUCUUAAAAUAACUGAGCAGAAAGAGCUACCUAUACAUUGACAUUGGUAAAUGGUUAGACUUUCGCGUUUCAAUCGUAGGUACCUCGGAUCCACUAUCAAUUGGCCAAUAGCAUGUUAGGAAAUCUACUCACCAAUGAGUGAGAAACUCGAUAAACUCAAACAAUAAAUCUUAAUCAUGAUACGUUAUGUACAACAGGGCUGAUAUGGGCGCGAACGGCUUCGUUGUCACAUUCGCCAGAGCAUGCGUCUUUCGUCUCUGAGGUUGUGGGUUACUCUCGCUCCAUUCAUGGUAGUUCAAGCUAACACUUCUUGCUCCUUUUUUUUUAACAUUAUCGUUCAUUUUCCUCCAGGGAAGAGGUUUGAUGCCGUUCUCCAAGUAUUCGCCAUAUUAUCCAUUAUUUGGCGUGAGGCUGGACGACCAACCUUCUGCAUUUCGAGCUCACAAACCGACAGAAAAAUCCGCAUUUGAACCGCCAGCAACUGGUCAUACAGCAUGCCAGCUUUAUUACAAUGGUAGGUUUUCUCAUUUAUUCAGAUAAUUCCUGUUUAUUUCUGUUGCUACCCAUUUCACUCACAUAUAUACUGGUUUAUAUGCUUGGUUACUUUUGUUCCAUUCUAUGCUUACAUUAUCAGAACAGUGGUAACUAGGCAUGUGAAUUAUCCCACCCAAUUCACUCACAUAUAUAAUUUAAAUGCUUGGUUACCUUUGUUCCCGAUUCUAUGCUUACAUUAUCAGAACACUGGUAACUAGGCAUGUGAAUUAUCCCACCCAAUUCACUCCCAAUUCACUUAAGCUUCACUGUUAAUUAAUUUCAAUAAAAGUUUGUUCAGACUAAAAAAAUAUUUUUAUUUGUUUCUCAAGAUCGUCGUAUAUGUACCUGCAAUUGUACCUUGACACCCCCACGUGCCCCUACGAAACACCCUAUAUGUACCCCGGAGUACUACAACUGGCUCUUUCCAUCCGACCGAUUUUCCCAUUCCUCCGACGAUCUUCCGAUUGGUCUCCGAUUAUCAUCGUUAACAACUCGUCCUUACCCGAUGCUUUCCCGAAGGCUAGACGAGAACGACAAGAGGCCAGCGCCGAAGCGAUUCCAAUGUCCACAUUGCGAAAAAUCGUUCGGGAAAUCUUCGCAUCUUCGCGACCACAUACGAACGCACACUGGAGACCGUCCAUACAGAUGUCAAUAUUGCGAUAAAGCUUUCACACAGUACUCCAAUCUACGUACCCAUACGAGAAUUCAUACCGGGGAACGUCCCUACCGCUGUACACACUGCAGUAAAAGUUUCACGCAAGCUGUCACCUUACGUAGCCAUACGAGAACACACCUCGGGGAAAAGGCCUACCAUUGUAAAGAAUGUUCCAAAUCUUUCGCCUGCUUUUCGGGUUUGAAGGGACAUAUUCGGGUGCAUGAAAGUUCGCAGGCUACCACGCAAGAGACCAGGCCUGAUGCAGAGCUUACACUAAGUAUCAAACAAGAGGUUGAGGAUGACGUCAUGAAUGAGGACUGA